AUGUGGGAUAUUGAGUUUAACACCGUUGAUCAAUGUUGUGAUUUCCAUAGAAAUUAUGCUAGAGUGUAUGGUUUUGUUGCGAGGCUUGACAAAAAAGGACAAGAUGUCAAUGGAAACAUUAAUAUGCGACAGAUGGUUUGUAACAGAGAGGGUACACGAAGAAAAAAGUACUUGGAGAUGGAGAAUAGAAAAAAGGAUCAUAAGCCAAUCACACGUGUAAUGUGUCAAGCAAAGAUUAGAUUUCAUUAUGACUUGAUUUUACAAAAGUGGCGAAUCACCAAAUUUAAAGAGACUCACAACCAUGACCUCAUCCCACCUAAGUAUAUCCAGUUUGUUCUGGCAUAUCGAACAAUGACCGACACUGAUAAAGCAAAGGCUGAUAGUUUGUACUUUUAUGGUGUUAGAACAUGUCAUAUAAUGGGGUUCAUGGUGGCGCAAAAAAGAGGUCCAAACAUGACAGGAUUCAUAAAAAAAGGUAUAUAUAAUCAUUUUGACAGAUCGAGGCGUGCAAAGAUAAAAGAUGGUGAUGCACAUGCAGCAUUAAAUUACCUAAUUUCUAACGCAGAUGAGGACCCACUAUUGCAAGGGAAGUUUAUUUUAAAAGAUGGUAAGCUUAAUAAUUUAGUGUGGGCCGACGGAUCUAGCAUCAUUGAUUACUAA